UCCGUGACUGUCACAUAUCAGAGAAGUGAACAUGUAUUCUUCAAAAGUAACCGUACAAACGCUCAUCUCUAAUUUAAAACCUAACGUUCUGGAUGAGCUUGGGAUGUACCUCAAUCCAAGAAUGCCACUAAAGGACUUUAGGACAUUAGCUGGCAAAAUGGGAUAUACAUUCAUGAGAGUUCGAAACUUUGAACGCGAAUCGAACCCAACAGUGUCUUUACUAGAAGAUUGGUGGACAUCGUUCGGUAAGAAAGGGGAAUCAAAGACUGUUACUGAUUUAAUAAGAUAUCUUGAAGAAAUGCGAAGAGAUGAUGCAGUUGACUUAUUAAAACCUUAUGAAUACACAGAAAGAGCAGUGCAACUACCCAGAUGUCAGCACCAAAAACCUGUUCCAUUUGGAACAUAUUCACCUGAUGAUUUACAGCAAAACAGAUGCCCUGAGGAAAAUGAAUUGCUCUUUAAUCCAGAUGCCCCUGAAGCUGUGGUCUCAGGUGUACAAAACAAAAUUGAAAACUUUAUCCAUCCAUCAUCUAUGUCAGAGUCUAGAGCACAAGGUCGACAUCCAGCAACAGUGGACCAAAACAGUCCGUUACCAAGAUCUGAAGUACCAAGACCAAUGGAGCCACCAAUUGUAUCCGACAAAGUAGCACUAGUAAUUGGCAAUAAAGAUUAUCAGUGUGAAAGGCUGAGAGGGUUAUUCUAUCCGGAACGAGACGCUCAAGAAAUCGCAAAAGCUCUAAGUGAGCUCGGAUUCAAGGUCGUAUCCCUUGUGAACUUAACUCUAAGCGAAAUGAGGAUUGCCGUCCUUUCGUUUUGUAGGCUUCUUGGUAAAUGUGUGUAUGCUGUAUUAUAUUAUGGUGGGCACGGCUACGAAGACAGUGGUAAGAAUUACUUGCUACCAAUCGAUGGAGACUUGAUGUACAAAAGGGAGGACAGCUUGUGUGCUCAAGAAAUACUUCAAACUAUGCAAGAUUGUGAUACAGCUCUUAACUUGCUUAUUAUUGACUCCUGUCGAAUAAGACUUCCAGACAGAGGAACCCGACCCACCUUUAUCAAACGUGGAGCAAAGGGAAACAAUAUAUUCGCUUAUUCAUGCUGCUCAGAACAAGAAGCACACGAAGAGAGAGACCAAGAAAAUGGCCUUUACGCUCAGCAUCUCCUGAGACAUAUCCAUAGAAAUGUUAGAAUUGAGAAUAUCUUAAUGGAUGUCGCGCGAGAUGUAUCCUUUAGUAARAAUCACUAUAUAAAUCAAAGACCCUGUCAUGAAAGUGACGCUUAUCUGGACUGCAGGCUCACAGAUCCCAUAUGUCCUARGGCAUUACCAAAUGAAUUUAGGGAAAGAGUUGCAUUAUGGGAGAAAGCACAUAUGUUACCCAAGCCUUUUGUUGUAUUAGAGACCGACCAUAUUUACCUGAUGGCUGAAUUCAGGGCAAAUUUCUCAAACGUAAUGGAGGUGAUGCUUAUAGCAUCGAAUAGGACACCUUUUCCAUUGACACGAUUUGUUAUGGAUCUUAGUGUCCCUGCGCCUGUGCGAUCAGAAGUUGGUAUGCUGUCAGGAGAUGUUUUAGAACCAGGUCUUGAACUCAAACAAGUCUUCAAAUUGUCUGCUCUUCAAAAGCUGCCGGACAAAUUGAUGACAAAUCUUAAUCUCUUCUACGAUUUCAAGGGACGUUCGGUGGAACUUCGCCCAAUCAUAAAUCUCGGCUGCCCUUUGGUAUCUUCUGUGUUCACUGAGUGGGACUGGUGGGUUACCUGUGGCAGGGCCCCUCCAACAAAAUCAACACAAGUAUAACAGUGGAUUGCAUUGCAUGUAUAGUAUUAAAUUAUUUCAAACAUGGUAGAAAGCUUGACUGAAGUGAAGGUUAAUAGUCCGCGUUAGACAGCAUGGUCGUAUCAUGAUAUAAGAAUGAUCCGUUCACAAAGUGGUCUCAGAAGUGUGUGCACCCAUUGUACAUAAUAUAUCCUUUAUUAUUUCGUCAUAUUGUUUCAUAGAGAGUUUCACAUAUACAUCUAUAAAUAUACUGCACCAUCUUCGCAAUGUAAUAUAAUACUUUCUAAAACACUUACAGUGCCCUGAAUUUCACAGUAAAACGCCAACAUCAGUACAAUUUAAUGUAUAUGUCGACAUCGUAUUGUAAAGAUAACCUUAUUAUAUUAUACACCCAUAAAGGGCGGUUUAUUGUAUAUCGUGAUAUCUUAUUGUAAAGAUAACCUCGCUAUUACGGACACCCAUAAAGGACGGUUUAUUGU